UCUGACCCUGACCAUGUACACCAAUCCUCUCAUCUACUGCACCUGCUGGGACCCCUGGAACCUGGGACGACGGAAGCUAAUCAAGACCCCCAACCCACUUCCAAAGACCCACACAGGGAAGCCCAGGCAAUCAGUUUCAAGAGAACGCAACUACCUCUUGUCCCAACAGACAAAACCUGUCGUUUCCCCCAAAGACAAAAGCCAGCCAGGAAAGCCGGAGGAGGGCAUCAAAUCAUUGUCUACCCAGGAAGUGAUUGACGUGUCACCCGGCUAUAAACUCAUUCGAAAUCGGGAACAGAUUUCGGUCACCUUGGGAGAUGAGAUGUUCAGUAGGAAAAAGGACUUGGAAUCCAACAUGCUGAGCAAAGUCAAAUUUUCCAGGACUGAUAUCAUUUCUGAUCUUGAGGAACAGAUCUCUGAGUUAACGGCAAUAAUAGAACAAAUGAACAGAGACCACCAGGCCGCCCAGGAAUUGCUCUCCAACGAGAUGGAUCUCCGCUGCAGCCAGAUGAAAGGAAAAUUUGAGAACGAGAACAGGGAUCUCAGAAAGGCUCACAAAAUGGAACUUGAGAAGUUAGAGAGCAGUUACAAAGACGCCUUGAAGGUGGAGAAAGCUGCUGCCCAACAGAAACUAGAGGAGCUGAGCAAAGAAUAUAAGUAUCUGAAAAAUAUGUUUCACAUGUAUCAGGACAGCAUUUACGACGAAAUGGAAGAUAAGUGGUCACGGCGGAAGGCGGAGUGGGAGAAGGACGAGAAAAUGGAGAGGGAAAAGAUCCUGCUCCAACAGAAAUAUGAGAUAAUAAAAAAGUUUGAGUUAGAGUCGGAAGAAGAAAAGAAGAAAAUGAACGAAUCCUUGGGUGCUAUCUUUGAUAACUUCGGUCGAGAGAAAGAGGAGCUCAUGACACGUUGCAAUGAAGAUGCCUUGAAAAUACAGGAGCUGAAAAAAUCCAAAGAGAUCUUGGAGGCUGAGUUGCGGGCACAAGCUGUUGUCCUGGAGACGCUGAACACGACCCUUUACCAUACCCAGGUGGAGCUCCAGAGGGAGAAAACUCUAGUGGGAAAUCUAGAGAAGCUGUUCCAGGCGAAGCUUGCUGAAGCUGAAGAAAAGUACAAGCACACCAUACAGACCCUGACAGAAGAAAACAUCUGCCUCAGACAAAAGAUUGCAGCAAAGAACGAGGAAACUUCGGAAGAAAAAUAUGAGAAGUCAGGCUCCACUACUCCUUGUGUGUAUGAGUCUGAGCCUCCUGAACCCAGUAACAACAAAAACCAAGCAUCUUAAGAAAGAAACUGUGCUCUGGUGGCUGGAGCAACGCUGGUGGAGCAAGGUUUUCUGCAAGGGUUUUCUGGAGAGAUGUACACAAAAGAUUGAGUUCUUGGGUGGUUCUGACUUUAUUUUUGUCUUUUUUUUUUU